GUCGACCCCGACGACCUCGAACAAGUGCUGAACACUUGCACACAGAGCGGAAAUGCUGAAGCAUGCUUCCAAUGGAAGCGGUGCUCCGCCCGUGCCACUCAAUGGACAGCUGCUCCGCACCACUAGCAGCAGCAGCAACAGCAACAACAACAACAACAGCAGCAACAGUAACAGCAACGGAAACUGCAACGGCGGCAAUCCACCCUCAGCGACAGUUGCCGCUGCUGUAGCCGCAAAUGCAAACGCAACUGCAACAGUAACAGCGAACCCAACAACAGCAACAUCGGCAACAUCGACACCCACCCUUGCGACAGCGAAUGGGACGAAUGCGGCCGCUGCUUCUGCUGCCGCUGUGGCAACUACAGCACGCAACAUACACCUGCGUCCUCCCCAGCCGCUGAACAUAUCCGCAUUGAACGCAUCGCUGCUGCAAACAUCAAUGAACGGCUCCACCUGUGGCACGCUGCUCAAUGGCGGCGCACGCAUCUCCAAUGCUGGCAAUGCCUCCACUCUGCUCAACAUUGCGCCACCCAUUUCGAUGGUUACUCCGCUAACGCCCAUGAAGCCGCUGACGCCACUCACGCCGCUCACGCCACUGACCCCCAAUGGAAAUUGCAACAGCAGCAACAGCAAUCUGCAUCAUCAUACCUACACCAAUCAACACAUACUGGCCGCCAGCAACCUGAAUCACAACAACAACAACAACAGCCACCACCAGCUUCACCACCAGAGUAACCACAACAACCACAACAGUCACAGCAAUCUGCACAACUACAGUAAUUGCCACAACCUAACGGCCAACCUGAUGCAACAGCAGCAGCACCAGCAACAACAUCACCAGCAGGGACUGGGGCUACUUCACAGCAUCAACAAACCAGUUAAGCACGGACCUGGUCCGCGCGAGGCCCUGACCAGUCUGGGCCUCCUAUGUCUGGUUUCACUGCUGUUUGCUUUGUUGUCGUUGAUCUUUUUGCUGAAAAUAUCGCCAAACAGUCGUGAGGAUACGAUGACACGCAACGUGAAUAACGAGGACUAUAUAAUCGUGUACGACGUAACGCUGGCCUUGUGCGCCCUCUCGUUGUCGUUGAAUCUGUGCUGCCUGCUGGUGUGCGCCAUCCAAUUUCUUUUCGCAGUGAAGCUCGUGCGCUCCCCGAUGUUCGAUGGACGGGAUAAUAAGUACCUGGAGAAGUCUAGCGCCAGUCGCACCUGCGCCGUCAGUGGAUUCUUCAUAUCGAUACCCGUGUUUCUCACGGGCAUCAUACUGUACACCUUCAAUCAUUUCCACUCGACGCCGGCGAUCAUAACCAGCAUUCUGAUUGGUGUGGGGAUCGUCUUCUGUGGCGGCGCGAUGGUACAUAAUGUAUUUGUCUGGCAAAAGGAGAAGACAAUUAGCUAUCGCAGUGCUCCAUUGAAUGUCUCGGUUGUAUCUGGUGGACAGCUGCCAUCCAUGCAUUGUCAUCCAUUGGCCCAGGGGCCGCCACAGUCGUUGUCACCGCAUCAGGUCUUGCAGCUAUAUCCUCAAACAGUACAGGGACUGGCCGGCUCACAACACGCUAUUCUGCAGCCCACAUCAGUGACUCCCGUUUCGCCGAACCAUUCGCAUGGUAGUUUUAAUCCGUUGCUCUGUGUGGGCAACACAAGUGUUGCUGGUGGGCUUGGGGGCGGCGCCGUCAACUCAUCGUUCCUUAUCCGUCCAGCGACUGCCACUCCGCCCACACCCAAACCAGUAGCCAGUACCGGAAAUGGCGCCUGCAUGGUGGGUCGCGAAGCCAGUGGUUCGAUUAGCCCACCAAUGCUGGACAUGAGCAACAUCACGAACAUCUCUCUGCACGAGCUCUCCACCUUGGUCUAAGGCGUAAGAAGCAGGCCAGCCCAACUCAAACCAGACUUUAUUUCCGGCUUGUAAAUGUAUCGGGAUAAGUAGACAUAGAACGUAGCGUAAGAAAACCCUCUUGCCGCAUCGAAAACAUGGCUCAAUGCUGGCUAGAACUCGCAUUUAGCCGCAUCGAGCAAUGCUGUACAUAAGAAUGCCCAUGUAUGUUGUAUUAUUAACUUUUGUUUUUUUUUUAAGACAAUUAAAACAUAUUUAUUAAUCACA